AUGCGGCCGGGCCGCGGUUCGGCGGGCGGGGAAGCGGCGGCGGCGGCGGCCGAAGACGAGGCGGCCGAAGCGGCGAAGCGCGGAGCGGCUGCGGGACGGGCGCGGGGCCGCGGCGGGAAGGGAUCCCCGAACGGCGAGUGCAGACGCGGGGACCCGCCGCGGAGCCCCGGCCCGGAGCCGGCCCGGGAGCCCAAAGUGUCGUUCUCCUGCGGCGGAGGCGGCGCGUCCCCCGGCGGGGCCAAAGCGGCCGAGGAAGGUGCGGGAGAAGAUGCGGGAGAGGAGGCCCGCGGGAGCCAGGCCAGCUUCAUGCAGCGGCAGUUCGGGGCGAUGCUCCAGCCCGGCGUCAACAAGUUCUCGCUGCGGAUGUUCGGCUCGCAGAAGGCGGUGGAGAGGGAGCAGGAGAGAGUCAAAUCGGCGGGGGCCUGGAUCAUCCACCCCUACAGCGACUUCAGGUUUUACUGGGACUUCACCAUGCUGCUGUUCAUGGUGGGCAACCUCAUCAUCAUUCCCGUGGGCAUCACCUUCUUCAAGGAGGAGACCACGGCGCCCUGGAUCGUCUUCAACGUCGUCUCCGACACUUUCUUCCUCAUGGACCUGGUGCUGAACUUCAGGACGGGCAUCGUCAUCGAGGACAACACCGAAAUCAUCCUGGACCCUGAAAGGAUUAAGAAGAAAUACCUCAAGACUUGGUUUGUGGUGGAUUUUGUCUCCUCCAUCCCCGUGGAUUACGUCUUCCUCAUCGUGGAGAAGGGCAUCGACUCGGAGGUGUACAAGACAGCCCGAGCCCUGCGCAUCGUGCGCUUCACCAAGAUCCUCAGCCUGCUGCGGCUCCUGCGCCUCUCCCGCCUCAUCCGCUACAUCCACCAGUGGGAGGAGAUUUUCCACAUGACCUACGACCUGGCCAGCGCCGUGAUGAGAAUCAUCAACCUCAUCGGCAUGAUGCUGCUGCUGUGCCACUGGGACGGCUGCCUCCAGUUCCUGGUGCCCAUGCUGCAGGAUUUCCCCCAGAACUGCUGGGUCUCCAUCAAUGGCAUGGUGAACGACUCCUGGAGUGAACUUUACUCCUUUGCCCUCUUCAAGUCCAUGAGCCACAUGCUGUGCAUCGGCUACGGGAAGCAGGCGCCCGAGAGCAUGACAGACAUCUGGCUCACCAUGCUCAGCAUGAUCGUGGGGGCCACCUGCUACGCCAUGUUCAUCGGCCACGCCACCGCCCUCAUCCAGUCCCUGGACUCCUCCCGGCGCCAGUACCAGGAGAAGUACAAGCAGGUGGAGCAGUACAUGUCCUUCCACAAGCUCCCCGCCGACUUUCGCCAGAAGAUCCACGACUACUACGAGCAUCGCUACCAGGGCAAGAUGUUUGAUGAGGACAGCAUCCUGGGGGAGCUCAACGAGCCCCUGCGUGAGGAGAUCGUCAACUUCAACUGCCGCAAGCUGGUGGCCUCGAUGCCGCUGUUUGCCAACGCUGACCCCAACUUUGUCACGGCCAUGCUCACCAAGCUCAAGUUUGAGGUGUUCCAGCCAGGAGAUUACAUCAUCCGUGAGGGCACCAUCGGCAAGAAGAUGUACUUCAUCCAGCACGGGGUGGUCAGCAUCCUCACCAAAGGCAACAAGGAGAUGAAACUCUCCGACGGUUCCUACUUCGGAGAGAUCUGCCUGCUGACACGGGGCCGGCGCACGGCCAGCGUCCGGGCAGACACCUACUGCCGCCUCUACUCGCUCUCGGUGGACAACUUCAACGAGGUGCUGGAGGAAUAUCCCAUGAUGAGAAGAGCCUUCGAGACCGUGGCCAUCGACCGCCUCGACCGCAUUGGGAAGAAGAACUCCAUCCUGCUCCACAAAGUCCAACACGACCUCAACUCGGGCGUCUUCAACAACCAGGAGAACGAGAUCAUCCAGGAGAUCGUCAAGUACGACCGGGAGAUGGUUCAGCAGGCGGAGCUGCAGCAGCACACGGCCAUGUACAGCCCCGUCCAGCCUCAGGUCACCUCCGCCAUCGCCACCCUCCAGCAAGCCGUGGCCAUGAGCUUCUGCCCUCAGAUGGCCAGCCCGCUGGUGGGCUCCAUGGCGCUGGGCUCACCGCGCAUGAUGAGGCGCCUGCAGUACGCCCAGGCCGUGCCCAGCCCCUUCGCCGUCUCCCCGGUGCUGCUGCAGCAGAGCCCCCCUCAGCAGCCGCAGCCCCCCGCGCCCCACGCCAACCCCUCGCCCUCGCAGGACCAGCCUCAGCCCUCGGCCCUCCCCGCCUCCAGCAGCGCCUUCGCCUCGGCCGCCGCCAGCCCUCCGUCCCAAAGCCCUCUGGCCAGCCGGACGUUCGCCUACGGAGCCGCCGCGGCGCACUUGGGCUCUCAGCUGUCCCUGGGCCAGCAGCAGCAGCUCCCCGGCUCUCCCCAGCGCUUGGCAGCCCACAAGAGCACGCAGGCCCUGCACACCGGCAGCCUCAGCCAGGAUUCGCGGCCGCUCUCGGCCUCGCAGCCCUCGCUGCCCCACGGGCCGCCGGCCGCCGCCGCCCGCAGCCCCCCGGCCUCGGCCCGCCGCUCCUCCAGCUCCGUGGGCGGGGGCCCGGCCGCCUCCUCGCCAGGCCCCGGCCCCGCGGGCGGCCUCCGGGCUCGGCCGCCCUCACGGGGAGCCGCGGCCCCGGGGCAGGACUCGGCGGCCUCGCAGCCGUGCGGCGCCCCCGACACGGACCCGGCCAAGGCCAGGCUGUCUUCCAACUUGUGACCUCGGCGCCGGGCCGGGACCGGGGCCCCGAACGGGGCUGUGGCGGCGAGCCCCUGGCUCACCCUGCCCACCCCCGUGGCCCAGCCCAGGAGCCGUCGUGGCCACCGGUGCCAGCCCCACGCCCCGGCUCCCUCCCGCCCCACGGAGCGGGGCACGGCCGGGCUGGGCACGGAGGGGCCGCUGUGCCCCACACAUCCCCCUCCCUCCACGUCCACGGUGGGGGCUGGGCUGAGCCCUUUCCCCCCCAUCCUCCUCUCCCUUUCCCUCUCCUCCACCCCCAGCUCUGACCAAAGUCUGGGCCCAUCUCCUGCUCCCCACAGCAAAGCCCCCGCUGCCCCCCUGGAGCCGCUGCAGCUGCAUCAUCCCCUGUGCCCAGCUCUGUGUAUGAUAUCUAUGACCUGAACCCAUCCACCCCUGUGUGUGCAUCCACAGGCCACCUCCCUGGGGCUUUGGGCAAGCUGGCCAGCCCCUGGCACGGCUCCCGGCCUCCCCUCCCCCUGCCCCAAGGGGAGGGGUGAGGGGCCAGGACUGGAGGUAAGUGGUGGGAGGAUGGGAGGGGAAGGGAGGUGGUCUGAGGGAUGGUUGCUGUGAGGCUUUUGAGCACCCCACACACACUCUGCCCCCCACAUCCCAGCUCCCAGGGCUGGGGAGGGAGGUAAAUACAAGCCCAAGUUGGCCCUGGUCAGUGUUUAGGAGGGAGGCAGAGGCUGGAGCCUGGGGAACCUGUGUGUGUGUGUGUGUGUGUGUGUGUGCAAUAAGGGGUCUGU